AUGGCUCAUAAUCACAAUGACCGCAAUACGCGUCGAUUGCGUGGGGGCACAUUUUCAUAUUGGCUACCGCUGGCCAUAAUAGUGACUGCCUCAACUAUAGGAAUAGCUGCUUGGAUAUGGAGUGAGCGCGAAGAUGAUAGUUCGCCACAAGAACCACCAGAUAACACCCACCCGCGAUUUGAGAAAGACUUUAAUCACAAUGAUGGAUUGUUAUCAACAGAGUCAUUAAACGAGAACGCUAAGACGAGGGAUGGCACCGAUACGAGUCCAAUCAACCAUUCAACGACUCAGGAGAACCAGAGCUACAUGGCGAGAAUGUCAGGGGCAUUAAGAAGAACACCAAGUCCACAACAAAUAUUUGAUGGUGCUAGCAGAACUAUAGUAGAGGGAAUAACUGCGGCCGGUGUCGUAGUGGGUACAGCGCUCGGUAGUAUCAUGGAAGAAGAUAAAAAUGCAUACAAGGACCAUCGAACGUGGAGUGAAGAGGCAGAUGCCAGGGCGACACGCAGCAAGUCAAAUGGCUCCUCGCGUCCAAGUCAGCCUCUGGCUGAAGAUAAAUCAGGAGUGUCAAUUUCACCGAGACCUUCGUCUACAAAAAGAAUAACUGUUGCUGUUGUCAUUUCAGCCGACAUUCUCACUGACAAUAAAGAGGAGGUAGAUUUCCAAGAGCAUGCAUCCAUCCUAUCUUAUCUUCCUAAGAAUACAGAUCUCUCUAAAACACGCUUGUUUGUCCUGAUAUAUGCCCCUUACCUCAAGGAGCACCCUAUGGAUACAGCAUAUUCGCAACCAAUGUUACAGGAGUCUCACGCUACAAAUAUUGGCGAUGAGCAAUCAAGCUCCAAAUAUGACAUGCUAAAUGAGUCCCCUAUUCCCAAGUCAACCUCACUUUCAUUUAACAAAAUAUAUUCUGAAGCUCUCUGCUUAGUCGAAAAACAAACCAUGGUACUCCCCUUCACUACCGCCACCGGCCACACUCAAUUACUUCGUCAUAUAGGUGCAGAUAUAAUCUAUCUUCAGGAUUCUCUAACUGGCUCAAAUGGAGAAGUUAUCACAAAUCUACAAACUUGGUUACGGCAUGACGUUGUGGUUGUUGUUGGCGACGGUGAUACUUGUAGUGGUCUUGCUGAUAGUGAAAGCGAUGCAGAUCAAUCAGUGGCAAAAGACCUUUGGUGGAAGAAUAACGAGAGAGUUGGAAAGGGAAGAGGCGCUGUUAUUAUUGAAGCUUUCAGGAUCGGAGAUGACUGGAUGAAGAGAGUAGAAAAUAGAAGAUGA